UAGUACAUUCCGGAAAUAUGGCGCCCGAAUGAAGGACGCUGAACGUGAGUGCCUGCCAGAUCUGUCGCGUUCCGCACAUAUUCGCACAGCCGGUCCGACGAAGUCGGUCCGUCCAUACGUAGAAUGAGUAAUCUGUCGCCGUUUGGCGGUGGCAAGAAUCCACCUUGGGUCCGCAAUGCAGGACAAGGUAUACAAAAUAUCCAACAACAAAUGUUGGGCCAAGCCAUGGGCAGUAUUGGAGGACAGCCUAUGGUGCAGUAUCAACAGCAAACCCAACAAGUCUACCAACAGAGUUUAGGAUUGCAGCAACCCAACAUCACCAUGGCAUCCAUGGCAACUCUCGGCUCGAAUUUACCAUCGGGUAUAGCAGGACAAUUAUAUCCUCAAGUCGCUACAGUUUCAUAUCCAACGCCACGGGCAUUAAACACAAAUGCUUUCCAACCUUCUGUAGCAGGUGUUCCACAACAGGUACAACAGAACGUACCUUCGUCAUCGACAAAACAGAGGGUUUUCACGGGUACUGUUACUAAAGUACAUGAUAACUUUGGUUUUGUAGACGAAGAUGUAUUUUUUCAAACUAGUGCGUGCGUAAAGGGAUCUAAUCCCGUUGUAGGAGAUCGUGUGCUUGUAGAAGCGUCAUACAAUCCUUCAAUGCCGUUUAAAUGGAAUGCCACUAGAAUACAAGUGCUGCCCAUGGGUAAUAAUAGCAACAAUGCAAACACUCAGCAAACUAAUCAGCCAAACCGUCAGCAACAGCAGCAACAACAACAGCCAAAUAGGACAUCAGGCACUUAUAAUGCUGUACCUCCUCCCACAGAAAAUCCUAAUAACAGGUUUACAUCAAGUACAACAAAUUCCAAUUCUACCAGCAACCGAAACAAAGUUAGUAGAGUACGAGAAAGAUCUCCUCGUGAACGGAGAAAUGACGACGAGGAAAUAGAAAGAAAAAGACGUCGCGAAGAGAGAAUAAGAGAACGCGAGAAGAAAGAAGAUCGAAGCCCGUCGAGGACUAGGAGAAGCAAAUCGCCAAGACCACGCCGGCGUACGCGAGUCGUGCCGCGUUACAUGGUGCAAAUACCGAAAAUUGCACUUGAUUUGCCUGAAGCAGAUGUUCUUGAAAUAAGAAGACGCUAUCAAAAUAUGUACAUUCCUAGCGACUUCUUUUCCACUAACUUCAGAUGGGUCGAUGCUUUCCCACCGCAUAUGCCAUUUACUCUUAAUAAGCCGUGCUCCUUCCAUGUUAUGCAUAAAGACGUCGAUCCGUGUAAUGAAAAUACAGCAGUACUAGAACCAUCGGAUGCUGAUUAUCUGUUUUCUGCGAAGGUCAUGCUCAUAUCCAUGCCCGCCAUGGAAGAGAUAUACAAAAGAUGUUGUGGUGUUUCUGAAGACAGAGAUCCCGAUCGUGAUUACGUUCACCCUACACGCCUUAUAAAUUUCUUAGUAGGCUUACGAGGCAAAAAUGAGACAAUGGCCAUAGGUGGGCCAUGGAGUCCUUCGUUAGACGGUCCUAAUCCUGAAAAAGAUCCGUCUGUAUUAAUUAGAACGGCUGUGAGGACCUGUAAAGCACUUACCGGCAUAGAUUUGUCCAGUUGCACUCAGUGGUACCGCUUCCUGGAACUCUACUACAGACGCGCAGAAACGACCCACAAGUCCGGGCGAGUGGUACCCUCUCGCGUUGAAACCGUCAUACUAUUUCUCCCAGAUGUUUGGAGCUGUGUACCUACCAGAUUGGAAUGGGACGGGCUACAACUCAACUAUAAGAAACAACUGGAGCGAAAGUUGCUGCGUGCUGCCUCUAAUCCCGACGAUUUGGACGCUGCCAAUGAAACUGAUGAGGCUGCCGCCGCUGAUCAAAAGGACGAUUCGAUGCCUGAGAAAAAGGAUCCCACACAUUAUUCCGAGCUAGAUCCCAAAUCGAUGAACCAUGAUGAAGAUAAGAGAAAACUUUAUGAACGUGAACGUACUGUACUCGAAAAGAGAUAUACCUUGCCCGAUUCAUCACACAUUAUUGUUCAUCCCUCUAGAAUGGCCAAGAGUGGAAAAUUUGACUGUACAGUUAUGUCUUUGAGUGUGUUAUUGGAUUACAGACCAGAAGAUACCAAGGAACAUUCUUUUGAAGUAUCUCUGUUUGCGGAACUGUUCAACGAAAUGUUAAUGCGAGAUUUUGGUUUUCGCAUAUAUCGUUCGUUAUCCAGUCUCCCUGAAAAAACUAAGGAAAAGGAUGAAGAUAAGAAGAAAGAUAAGAAAGAUGAUAAGAGAGAUGAUAAGAAAGAUGAUAAGAGGAAGGAAGAUGAGAAGAAAUCUAGUAAGAAGGAUGAAAAACGAGAUGAUAAGAAAAGAGAAGAAGCCAAGGACAAAAAAGAUGACAAAGAUGCAAAAUGUAAAGUAGAUGACAAAGACAGAGAAAAGGAGAAAAAUGACGAUGAAGAAGAAGAUGAAGAUGAUGAAUCAGAUGAUGAUGAUUCUGUAAAAGACGGUAGGAGAGACAGGGAUAAAGACGGAAAGAAAAGGAAAACAAAAUUAUAUACACAUGAUCCUUACCUUUUACUCUCUUUUGUAUAUUUCGAUCAGACGCAUUGUGGAUAUAUAUUUGAUAAGGAUAUUGAAGAACUUAUUUAUACUCUCGGAUUGAAUUUGUCAAGAGCUCAAGUACGGAAAUUAGUACAAAAAGUCGUUACAAGAGAUUCUCUGCAUUAUCGAAAAUUAACAGACAAAUCGAAGGAAGAUGACUUAAAGGAUGAGAAGAAAGAUGAUAAAGAAAGCGACAAAGGUGAAUCGGCUAAAGGAGAGAACGAGGAGGAUAUAUUGCGUUCGCUUGCUCUCGGAAAUAAAAAAUUAUUACCUGUAUUUGUGGGUAGCGGGCCGCCCUCAAAAAGAGCGCGAAGAGAAGAUUGUAUCUUAGAAAAAGCUAACGAAGAAACGAUUCCGGAAGGUAUCGUUACGUACAAAGGCUCUUUAUUGGAUGUAGAAAAACUUGUUAGUCAGUUGAAAAGAUCUGAGAAGGCACGUUUAGAUACCGAGGAUCGUAUGAUGGAAUUACAGCACGAACUAACUGUAGUCAACGAGAAAUCGAUAAAACAAACUAAUAGUAUUAAGGGUCUUUCCGAAGACUUGAAAAUGUACAAAGAUAAAUUACGGAACUCGGAUGAAAAGCUCAAGAAAACUUCUACGGAUUGCCAUACUUACUUGACUGCGAUAAAGAAUAUGUACCAUGUAGCGACCAAAGCGUUGCAGAGUGAGAGAAAAGUAGAGAUAGUAGAAAUUCAAGAUGAAAAAGUUAGCGGAGAGAUAAACGGCUCUGAGAUGGAAAGUAAAUUUAAAACUGAUACCAGGUGGGGAGAUAACAAAGUUCAAGUGAAAAAGGAACCCAUCGAUGUAGACAAAGAUAAAAAAUCUGACAAUAAAACUUCUGUCAAGAGAGAAAUUGUCGAGGCAGAUAAGGAGAAGAAAUAAUUACAUUAGCUAUUUAUCAUAAUAUAGACAACAUACGCACCCCAACACGAAUAAAAAAAAAUUAAUCUUAUUUCACACGUACGUGUGUGCAUGCAAGUAUCAAGUGGUUUAUCCAACACCAAAACUAAGUGAUCGGGACUCGAUUUUGUAACUUUUUUCACUCGAGUGAUGAUAUAUUGUGGCAUCUUCAGUAAUAAAAAAAAAGAGAAGCAUUUCAAUCAUGCAUAACAAUUCAUAGAUCGUUAAAAUAUCUUACGAAAUUUUUUGCAUCAUUUAAAAUAAAUGGAUAAAUUUUAAAAAGGGCUUAUAAAGUACCAUUGAUCUGCCAUUAAGUGCCAGAUAUUGAUACACCCGAUAUUUAUCAUUAUAGAUUCAAAAGUAUGUCAACAUCACAGUUAUUUAACUCAAAUAAAAAGAUUUUUACUGGAAAUAAUAGUACACAAACAUGAAAAAGAUUGCGAUUCUAUUAUUAUUUCACUGCUUGUUCAUU